UUCAGUUGGUAUUUAACCCUACGGCAAUGUCGUGGGUUAGUGCUGCCACUUGGUGUAAAAUGAAAAGUGGAAGUCUUGUCAGUCUUGAUUCACAGCCAGCCAUAUUAAUGGUGGAAUGGUACAAGGACAACGACUGGAGUGCUCAAUGUUCAUAUGUCACAACAAUAAAAAGUAAAGAUACAACUAAGUCGGACACAACAAUUAAUAUCGUAGACAAAACUACGACAGCCUCAUCAAUAAAUCAAAUGACGUCUGAAACAACAACAAAUAUGGAAAAUACCGAAUCCUUCGUCACUUUAGAUAACGGAAACACUACCAGAACAUCACAGAAUUCCUUAAAAACAGAGCAACCAAUAACUGCAGGAUUUCUGAGUACUGACAAAUUGAAUAAAUUCAUUACUUUAUCCGUCAUAACGUCAGAAUAUUACUCAACUAAGGAAACUUUUAAAUCAACAUCGGAGACGGUUUCAAAUACGGGUAAUGUCGCUAGUAGUGAUAACACUUCAGAGAUGUACAGUUUCAAUACAAUUUUGUCUCCCUCUUCUGAAAACUGUUUAUGUCCAUGUGAUUUUGUUUCCAAAAAUAUAACCGCUGAAAUUUUACAAAGUCGUAUAGAAGAACUUAAAAGAAUUCUAAUUGUUAACAAAACUUCUUUAAGUUCCUAUAUACGGAAACAUACCAGUGCAAAAGAUGAAAGACCUAGUUCGAAAGCCAUUGGAUCGAUGGGAAUUUUGCUACUAGCUGUGACGAUAUGUUUUAUAGUGCUUAUUGAUUUGUCAACUUUUUGUCAAUAUAUUCAGUGCAAACAUUUGAAGAGAAAAUAACUUAGAAGGAAAACGAUGUAUACGAAUAGAGAAUAAGUAAAAUUAUUACUUAAAUCUAAAGGAACUUAAUCAAUUCUUUAUAGAAUUCAUUAAUGUUAUUAUAACAAUAUUAUCAAACGAUAUAAAUUUAGUUGGAGAACAUUAAGUACAAUGUAUGUAAAACAACACGCUACAUUGUUAAUAUAACAUAAUUAGAAAAAAAGAACUGAGAAUCAUGUACGGAAUAAGCUGAUGUGGGGUACACCACAUUGACACAGAAACCCAUUAACACA